CGGAAAAGGCCUAUAGCGACUGGUGGCAAGCGAUCAUCGGCGUCGAGGCUGUAGUGCUAUGUAGUGAGGCUGCCGGCGGCGCGAGAGCGUAGCCGCGACCACUCGCACGCUCGCUGAAUGACCACGCCGCUGUGCCGUGUGUGACGGGCAGAUCUUGCAGUCUGCCAGCAACGCCGGACGGUCCGCGAACUGCAAAUGAUUUUUCUCUGCUGCGCGCCUACCGGCUUGGGGCCAUCUUUUUGAUCCGAAGACAGGAUUGCCGGACCACGUGGAUGGAAAGAGCAUGCGCAAGAUAAUCUGCUACUCCUCGUGCCUAAAGACUAGUUCAUCUACCUGGCGCCUGGCUUAUCCUUCACCGUGAAUCACGUGCAUCCUGCGGAUAGGUCACAAGGGUCCCCUUCUGCUGCUACUUAUAUGGGUUGCGCUGUGUUCUCCCGGUCAUUUGGCAGCAGCGGCAGCGGAAUACAGACGGCAAUCUGACGUGGCUCUGCAACCUUUUACAGCUGCUCGAUCGGUGCCAAUCAUGAGCCGGGACAAGAAGGUGAAGCGGUCAAAGACCUCUAACGAUGUCUCCAACUCCAGCUCGGGGCCGAAUCUCCACAUGGACUACUUCCAAAUAGAGGAGGAAGAGGCAAAGACACGCGACCCACAGGAUGACGAGGCUCAAUUCCGGAGGAUCUGCGGCGAGAUUCAGGCAAACAUGAGGAAGAUCCUCGAAAUGAAGCUGCAGCGGAGAUCCGUGGCUGACAUUGAAAAACUUCGGGUGGAGACAUCCUUGCUGUUCCUGGGACUGAAGAAGAUCAACCGCCUGGACAAGCAUCGGCUCAAAGUGGCAAAGGAUGCUGUCAAUGAGAAGAAGCAGAAAGUGGACAACUUCCACCUCCAGCUGCAGAACCUGACAUAUGAGGUGAUGCAUCUGCAGAAAGAGGUCACCAAGUGCAUGGAAUUCAGGUCCAGGGAUGAGGAGAUCGAUCUUGUACCCGUAGAGGAGUUCCGCAGGGAGGCACCAGCAGAGGUUCGCAAGAAGGACCUGACUGAUGGUGACCCACAUCAACUGACCCUGGCAAGGCUUCAGUGGGAGCUCGUACAAAGAAAAGAGCUGUCCCAGAAGCUGCGGGGUCUGGAGUCAAUGCGCGAGCAGUACGAGCACGAGAUUGAACGCAAGCGCGAGUGCCUGUCCGGCAUCCAGCCAACGCUGCAGGCGGUGCUGGAGGCAGCACAACCCUUGCAGGCUGACCUGGGCCUCCCGCUGCAGGCUCGACAGGGAGAGCACGCCAAUGCCCAGUACCUUGCACGACCCCUGUACAUGCUGUACGUGCAGGCAACCGCCUACCAGCACGCCUACGGUGAUUGUUUCGAGGUUGGCAUGGAAGGCAGCGUGGAGGAGUCCAAGGCACUCCUCGAAAUGACACAAGAAAAUCGAGAGGAGGACAGCGGGGAAUCGGACCAGGAGGAAUCAAAUGCUGGGAAACGACAUAGGAGGCUGACCCGCAGUGGAACUGGUACAUCCAACGUGGCCAAGUGUCUGCAAAAACAUCCACUCACCGUGGUGCUCACCCUCCAGCACAAAGACAAUAACCAACUGUCACAUUUUUCACUGCAAAGGUACAAACUGCAGAUUACGUUUACAUACAUCAUACCCCUGCACAUUGUCACCGUCACGGCCAAGGUCACUGAACCUCAUGGUGUCUCAAGUGGCGUCUCUGCAAGCCCAGCUAUGUCCCCGUCCACGAUUCUUGACAACUUGUUUGGUGAUGACAACGGCCUCUGUUCUCCGAACCCCGCCAACCAUUUCCAGCUCAAGAAAAAUGGGUUGGAGGACUUCUCCACAGUAGUGGCCGAGGUGGGCAAGGCUUAUCGCUGGGCACAGCGCCUCGCAGGCCUGGAGUUCCUGCAGGGCUCCGGAGCCUCUGUGGUGUACAGCCAUGAAGUUGGACGGCCUUUCGUGGAAGAGUUUGCGCGCUCCAUUACGGCCCGCUUUUCAGCCCGUGUUAGCCUUUACGAGCAGCUUCUUUCCCUAGAAAAAGGCCUGGUGCAAGUUCCUGCGUUGCUGGCAGAUCAUUUUCCCAGCAAAGUGACCUCGGUGCUGAAGCAGUGGACACAGGUGACCCAUGCUGACGUAGAGAGCCACCCAUCGCACAAGGAGAUGGAAGAGCUUGGCCUAAUACGAGGGGAUGAGCUCGUGUACCAGGCUGUGCUUCGCCGGGGAUCUGCCAUGGUGAAGGCCUUGGUGCUGUUACGCGACAACUACCCGAGGGAGGCACCCCUAUUUCUGCUGGUGCUUCAGCUGCGAGAGGAGUGCUCCAGCCGCGAUGAUGAUGCGGUCAAGGAGCUGGAGCGCGAACUGAACCUGCACUGCGUGGAGCAGGAGCAGGCGCAGGCGGGUGACCAACUGCUGAGCUGCCAACUCCAGCAGCUUCUGGUCUCCAUGGACGUACUGCUCGAGUCACUGUGUGACCACCUGGAUGCACCGCGCGAGUUCUCCAGGGACAAGGUGCUUGCCCGGACGGCAAGGGGUCCAGGCAGAAGUCGACCAUACAAGUUCCUCCCAAAGCCAGGCAUUUUCACACAAAGGACAUGAGCAGAUGUCUAUUCCUCAUAAAAAUCUGAACUAAUAGAAAAGACUCAAUACCGUUAAACUUAAUGGAUUUUUUUUUUUUUUUUUUGGCCUACCAGCAACUGCACACUUCACACACACUGCAAUGACCCCCCCCCCCCCCCCCCCCCCGCCUCUUUUUUUUCUUGGUAGCAAUGUCUGUUUCACUUCUCUGGAGUGCCUCCAUACAGAAAACCAUGCACGGUUAUGCCAAAUUAGAUGAUUAUCUUUGCAUCACUGUCCUGACAAAGUUUGUCUUUUUGGUAGCCUCUGCAAUAAAGAUUCAUGUUAAAGCGGCUGGCAAA